AUGACUGAUAAUAUUAAUAAAAUAUUACAAAAUAAUGAUGGAAAUAAGCAGCAACCGACAGCUGCUUCUAUUAUGAAUUUAACAGAUAAUGAUGUAGUUAAAAUAUGGGAUAGCGUAUCGGCUUUUAUUGAAUCUUAUAUGAAACAAUCAAAAGGUAUUAUAAUUCCGGGUUUUGGUACAUUUAGCUUCAUACAUAAACGUAUUGAUGUUGGAAAUAAUAAAUUUUUACUUCUUCAAAGACCUGUUUUUUCUAUAUCUGAAAAAUUUGCUCAAACACAUGGCUUAAAAUUCACACGCUACACUGUAAAUGGCUCAAUACCAGUUCAUCCAUUGAAUUAUUCUUCUAUACAACAAACAAACACAAUAUAUAAACGUGAUCAAGUUGAGCAAUGUGUUAAACACGUUUUGCAAAUAUUCAAUCGUUCUAUAGCUGGACAACGUAAUGUUGAAUUUACAUUUUCACAUAUCGGAAAAUUACAUAUACGAAAUGGAAAAGUUAAAAUGAAAUUUUUUAAAGAUUUUAUUAGCACUGUUGAUGAAAAUGCUGGAAAACAUAUUAUUGAGAAUAUGUGCAAUAGACCAUAUACAUGCGAUUCAGUGAUGUCAGAUCGAGACGGAGCUCGACCAUCAACAUCAUCAAAUGUUGUUCUUCCAAGAAUAAACAGUCGCAUUGGCGCUUCAUCAAUGCAAGUCAUUCAAGAAGAAAAUCAAGCUGGUGAUGAUGAUGAACAAGAUCAUGUUAAACAAGAACCGUCGUCGCGUAAAAAACCAACGAAUUCAACGGGAACAGCAUCACUAUCAUCACAUGUAAUAAAAACAACUGGAAUAGGAAAUUCACUCGAUGGCGUUAUUCCCAUCGCAUCACUUUUUUCUUCAGCGGAUUUUAUUCAACCACCGGUAACGAUAAAAAAGCCAUCACCACCUUUAAGUCCAAUCAAACGAUCAACAUCAAUAAAUCAAACUGAACAUGAACAUGAACAUGAACAAGCAACAGUAAAUCCGCCCAUAAAUCGUGCUAUUGUACGAUCAACAAAUGAAUCUCAAUCUUCAUUGGGUUUUACUCGUUCGGGAUCAGAUCGUAUAAAUGUACGUGAUCGUAUAUCAUCAUCAUCAUUAAAUGUUUAUACUCAACAAUAUCAACAUGUAAUACCUAAAUCGACGACAUCAUGUAGUCAACAUGAUAUGAGUCAAGAACUUUGUCAAGCAUGUCAUCAACGUGCCAAACGAAAUAUUCCCGUUUAUUUACAAGAAGAAAAACGUAUUCGUGAAAUGGAUGAAGACAAAAUCCUUCAAGAAUAUCAACAUAAUUUAUAUCUUGAAGAUAAAAAUAAACGAGAAGCAGCAAGAAAAGCAGCUCGAGAAGAUAAACAACGGUUAGAUGCUUUCAAUUUAGGUAUUGCACAAGCAACACGAGCUAAAAAACUAGAACGACCGAAAACUACAGAUAUAUCGCGCUCAAUAAUAUUUCGAAAACGUGUUAAAACACCUCCUGGUUAUCUUCGACAAAAAGAUUUAGCUCAACAAUUAGAAGCUCAAAUAAAAUCAAAACAAGAGGAAGACCAUUCAGAAAAAAUAGAUAAAGAAUUUGCUGAACGUCUCGAACAAAUACAAUUAGCUGAAUCAUUGACACAAGAACGAGAGAAUUAUUUGAAAAAUAAGCGUCGUCGUCAAGAAGAAUUAAAAAGUGCUUUACAGAAUCAAAUUCAAAAUAAGCCUACGGAAUUACCGUAUUGUGAAUCUGAAGCACCAUAUUUUGGUUUGAAUGAUAUGUCGCUUGAAAAAUUAAAAGAACGUCGUCGCCAAGCAAUCGAAAUGGUUCGCCAACAAAAAGAUCUUGUUGAACAGCGACAACGACAACAAUUAUUGGAACAAAUAAAUAAUCAAGAAUAUGAAUUAAAAGUCUUGCAUACGAUGAAAGAAGAUCUUCUAUCAGAAAGGCACGAAAGAGAACGUCGUGAAGUAACAAUACGUAAAGAUCUUGAAACAGAUUGGUUACACGCUACAGAUGAAAAACGUAAACGUGAUGGAAAUGAAAAAAAACAUUUAAAAGCUCCGCAAGGUACUCUCAUACACGAACAGUGCGAUCAAUAUAAACGAUGUGUUCAAUGCCAACGUAAUUUGAAUAACUCUGGUAAAAAUAAUUUUUGGAAAGAUACACGGUAUAUACCUGGAACUCAUAUCAUGGUUUAA